GCAUGCCCUGGGCCGCCGCCUCCCACCAUUUUCCCACAAGGCCAUGGGGACGCCUCUGCAGACACGUGGUCCUGGAAGUCGCAGCCAGGAGGUUUCGGCGAUGCCUUCCGCGGCAGGCACGGUCACUGCAGAGGUCCGCCACAAGGCAGGCGUGCCAAGUUUUCUCCGAAAGCGCCACCUCUGGGCCGGGCAGGGAACUGCACACACCCGUCAUGCUGAAGGAGGUGCUGAAGUGCUUGGAACCCCAACCUGGUCAGGUUUUCCUGGAUAUGACAUUUGGAGCUGGGGGCCAUUCCAGGGCAAUCCUGCAGGACGUACCGGGAAUCACCAUUUAUGCUCUGGACAGGGACCCAGUGGCGUACCAGCUAGCUCAGCAGCUAUCAAGUCAGCAUCCGGGACAAGUCCACCCCAUGCUGGGGAGGUUCAGUGAACUACCCUCGCUCCUGGCCGAUCAAGGACUGGGGCCCGGGGGUCUGGACGGAGUCCUCCUGGACGCGGGGUGCUCUUCGAUGCAGUUCGACAGCCCGCAGAGGGGCUUCUCACUCAGCAAGGACGGGCCCCUGGACAUGAGAAUGGACGGGGACAGGUACCUUGACAUGCCCACUGCUGCUGACGUAGUGAAUGCUUUAGAUCAACAGGCGCUUGCGUCCAUCCUGUGUACAUAUGGGGAGGAGAAACAUGCCAGGAAGAUAGCUUCAGCGAUCGUUGAGGCACGCAGCAUCUACCCCAUCACCAGAACACAGCAGCUUGCCAGCGUUGUUGCAGGUGCCUUCCCUGCUGCCGCCCUCUACGCCAGGAAGGACCUGCUGCAGCGGCCUGCCCACGUCGCCACCAAGACCUUCCAGGCCCUGCGCAUCUUCGUGAACGACGAGCUCCACGAGCUGCACGCCGGCCUGCAGGCGGCCCGCGCCUUCCUGCGGCCGGGGGGCCGCCUGGCGGUCCUCACCUUCCACUCCCUGGAGGACCGCCUCGCCAAGCGCUUCCUGCGCGGAGAGGACGUGGCCGGGCCCCGGAGUCGCAGCGUCCGCCAGAAGAUCCGGCAGGGGGGCAGGGAGGCCGGGGAGCAGGAGGAGGAGGAGGAGGAAGAAGAGGAGCCCACCAGGGCGGGCGGCUGGUCUCAGCUGCAGAAGAAGGUGAUGACUCCCCGGCCUCAAGACGUGGAGGAGAACCCACGCGGGCGUUCGGCCAAACUCAGAGCAGCCCAGAAACUGUGAGCCCAGGGCCAGAAACGGCUCUGACGAACCAAGCGGUCAAGAGGCAGGCUGGGAAUGGGACAACUGCGGUCAAGCAGUCAGCUUGGGUGGCGGCAGUAGCGUUCAGCACACAUGGCCACAUCCCUAUGGCCUGCACACUCACUGAGUUGGGUCUUAAAUGUCAGACUCUAGAUCCGUUAGCUGCUAGUGAGCCAGUACUGCGCCUGCUUAGAGCAUCACAAGCACACAGUCAAUCAAACAUUUUUUUUUAAUAAAAGAUCAAGAGCAGAUAUGUUUCCCUUGUGUCUAGAGUGGUUUCAAGGGACAGAGGGCGAUGAUACAAAAAUGUUUGUUUCCGUCAUCAGAUCUGGUCUUUUAAUUGUCCAGUUUGAUUCUCAAACUUCUCUGUGUGCGUCUGAAUCAUGGAUCUGUGGGUAAAGAGUGGGAGAGAUGCUGCAAUGGUUAACACUUUCUUCCUGCUACACUUGGUUUAAUACUGUAUAUGUAUUCUUUUUUUUUCAGUAGUAAGUCUGUAAAACUUUGUGGCCUGCUGAAUCAUUUAAGACCUGUUCCCCUCUUAGCAUAUAAAAUUUAUUCUAUCAGUGCUGCAAUGGUUUAGUGCACCACUAAACAUCCGCUGUGACUUAGAUACCCUGAAGAUGUCGCAAGUCAAGGGGUGAUUCACGUGCAAACACAGUAUAGAAAUUAAGCUUUUGAAUUUGUCCGAGAUAGGGGGACAAAUUUUUAAAUCUAAUUCCCUCAUCAUCAUGCCUGUCAUUUUCUGACUUCAUUAAUCACCACGAUUGAUAUAAAACGUUCAUAUGUAACAAGCACGCUUCCUCAGUGAAUGGGAAAGCACCACAGCAGUAACCAAAAAGUGGCUUUUAUAAUCAGAGACCCAGUCGCUGCAAACGGAUGGUGUUGGAUUUGGACAAAACAUUUGUUUCUAAUUACCAAACCUGCAGGACUGCUAUGUAGUGCUGUGCACCAUGAUUGAAAUAGUUUUGCUCAGUUCGGCUUAUUUUAUUUUUCCUUUCUCUCAGCAACUCAUAAAGGUAAUGGCGGUUCUCAAACCCUUGAAAGGCUUCAAAGAAACACAAAGGGAAAGCCCUUCCAAACAUCCCAGGAAUGAACUGAUGUGCAGUGGGUGAAAAACCCGUACAGGAGCUGAGACUGGACAGCACACAGGGUGCUGAAUUUCUUUGUGGUCCUGCGUAUGCACCAGAAAUCUUAUGUUGUCUGGAUUUGUCAUUUCGGAGACAAACUUCACAAAGCCCAUCUCGCUAACUCAGGCGAAGUCCUGGAAGAAUCCCCUGUCUGAAUCAUACUCGAGAGUUUCUGAAGGAACGUGAGAUCUGUCCAGGUGAAUCGGUGCACCAGUGUGAAAUGAAUCUAAAAAUCAGUCUAAAAUUAAUGAGCAGAGCACCUGAGUGAAGCUGCUGCCCAGUAAUGCACCUUUCACACACCCUCAUAUAAUCUUAAAAGCAUGCCUGGCACCAGAAGAAGCAUUCCUGUUCCAAACUGCUCUGUUUUGUUUCGACAUGUCAGAGUGGUGCUGUAGUGAACAGUGCACCUGCUCUCGAGUUCUGCCGUGCCAACUGGGUCAUUUAAAGUUUUUCUAAUCAUUGCACCAGCUUCAUUAAUUGGAUGAAUCUGAUGCUGACAGAGAUGAGCUUGUUAUAAGAUCAUUCGCACCAUGAUAUUAUAGCAUUCUCGGGUUUGGAAAGGCUUUUUAUAAAUAAAAGUCAUCAUCAUCAUCAUCGUCAUUAUUAUUAUUAUUAUUUGGUGGCUUACUGAUCUCCAUUUGUUAAGCUGCUUUGAACAUCACCUUUAAACACAAAGACUGCUUCCGGGGAAAACCUAAGUUUGUACAACUAAUCACAGGCCAUGAGAAUCUUCCAUACAAGUGAUAAUGCCAAACAACAGUUCUGGUGACUGCUAAUACCAAACAAAAAUGAUUAUAAGCAGAACAGCCUAAGAAUUUAUUUUUCUAAGCCAGCGUCUCCAUGGAUUUAGCUCAAAUGGAGUUUUCUUUUAAGGAAAGACAAACAUGUGCAUCAAAACCUCAAUGCAUGCAAAAGUGCGAGGAUUAAAGCAUUACUGUUAUUAAAGUCAACUGUUAGAUGGGUUUUAAGGAAGUUUGCAAACUAUCGCUUUGCUUAAGUCUCACAUUUCCUCUGCUGUUCAGCGAGGUGGCAUCGUAUUUCAGAUUGAGUUUCUCAUUCUCAAAAAACACCCCGUUGUAAAAUUGCAGACUCCCAGUCGUGAUGAAACUGCAUUCUGUAUUUUAUCCUCAUGGUUCACCAGGUGAAGCAGAAAUGUACCUGAAUCCUUCAUGCUCUGUGCUUUACUGGUUUUCAUUUUUUUGUGUUUUUCACAGUACCAGUGUUCAUCAUAUAUUUCCAUUGUUAUGCAACCUUGUGCAAAAAGACAUUUAUCGUAUACGCAGAUAAACAGAGGGGAGUGUUUGUGUUCCAGUUUUACAUAAAGCAAUUAGUUGUAAGCAGUAAAUCAUGCAGUCGUUUCUAAGUAGCAAAUGGUGCAUUAAUAAUACAGGCAAACAGAAAUGUUUGAACCACCAGGACAAAUAAACAGCAACAAUAAUGCUCUGUGAGGAUUUGUCAACAACAACAACAGCGGAAUCAACAGAAACAACACCAAACCAAUAAAGCAAAAAAUGUAUACAGUAUACACUGGAAGCUGCUGUACUGUUCAAAUGAACAGUGCAACCAGUAACGUGUGUUGCAUUUUUAGUGUUCCUCAGUAUAUUUACUGUGUAGAACUAUCUGAGUAGGAUGUGCUAGGACAUUAUAGGAGCAGAGCAGGAAAGCAGUGUGCUUUUGGUGGCCAGACACAUUACGUGUUGGUAAAAUAUAUGAGCUCAUCACGAUUCUGAGGCUUGGAAUCUGAAUUGACAGGCAAAGAAGGGGUGAUGUGUUACAGACACAGAAGAAGUGUGAAACCCAAGAGGAAGAAAUUGAAGAUAUGUUACGUUCUUAUGUUCAUAAUGUAGAGUCAGGUGGAGCCUUCGGUCUUGACAGGGGAAGGUUAGCCAGAACUACACGCCCUUUUGAACAGGAUCUCUCAUGAAGGAGUCUUCCCAAGGAGGAGUGCAGUUACAAGCUCUUCGCUCCGUCAAUAAUUAACCAGCAGCUUGUAUUUAUGGUUUGUAAUUUUAACCAAGAAGGAUUUCAGCCUAUUCUUUGGGAAUGCUGCCGCCAGCCGGCUGUCAGACAAGAUGUUAAACUUCAACUGGCUGACUGGCGCUCCACGUGAAUUUCAAAUAAACAAAUUUGUUAAAUAAGACAUAUCCAAGGGAUGCAUUCUCAUCACUCUCGAUCUAAAUGAGAGUACAUUUUUGUUGUAAAUGAAGCUUCUGUUUCCCCCUCCCUGAUCUCUCUUAGUUUUCCCUUCAGACCUGCGGGGUUUAUGACUUGUGAUAGGAAUCAGAAUUAUAUGUAGACAAUAAAUUAUUAAAAGCUACAAAUUCAAUUUAAUAUGACGUGCUUAAUUGUCUCUCAACAAUUAUUAGUGCAAGUAUUUAAGGAUUAAAAGAAAAGAGUGCAAAGUCUA